GUAGCUGGCUUCCCUUGCGGAGUCUCAUCCCAACAUCUGCUUGAAUUUUGCGGAAGCGCCACCUUGCGGCCGAUCGGGUACUACUGGCAAGGGAAUGCUGGGACCCACGUGACUUCCUCUCGUCGAAAGGUUGCUGGAAAAGAAGAUCUUGUCUUUAAACCCGCUUGUGGCAAUCCUUGAACUACAUCAAGAUGGUCAGGGAAGACAAGGCUACCUGGAAGUCAAACUACUUCUUGAAGAUUGUGCGACUGUUGGAUGAAUACCCCAAGUGCUUUAUUGUCGGCGCUGACAAUGUGGGGUCCAAUCAGAUGCAGCGGAUCCGCAUGUCCCUCCGAGGAACUGGUGAGAUUCUCAUGGGCAAGAACACCAUGAUGCGGAAGGCUAUCCGUGGGCACAUGGAGAACAACCCAGCCCUGGAGAAGAUCCUCCCUCACAUCUCGGGCAAUGUUGGCUUCGUCUUCACCAAGGGAGACCUGAAGGAAGUUCGUGACAAGAUCCUGGAGAACAAGGUGGAAGCUCCUGCCAAAGCUGGUGCUAUUGCUCCGGUGGACGUUUACCUGGACCCACUGAACACUGGCCUGGGUCCGGAGAAAACCUCCUUCUUCCAGGCUCUGUCCAUCCCCACCAAGAUCUCAAGGGGCACCAUUGAAAUUCUGAACAAGGUGUACCUGAUCAAGAAGGAUGAGAAGGUGGGGGCUUCUGAAGCAACCUUGUUGAACAUGUUGAAGAUUUUCCCCUUCACAUAUGGGUUGGGGAUCCAAUAUGUGUAUGACAGUGGGUCAGUGUUCCAUCCAUCCAUCCUGGACAUCACUGAUGAUGACAUCCUAGCCAAGUUCAUGCAGGGUGUCCAGAACGUCGCCAGUGUCUGCCUGUCCAUUGGCUAUCCUACCGCUGCCUCCGUGCCACAUUCCCUCGCCAACGGUUUCAAGAACCUGCUGGCCAUUGCAGCUGAGACAGAGAUCACCUUCUCCCAGGCUGAGCAGAUGAAGGCCUUCCUGGCAGACCCGUCAGCCUUCCAGUCCGCAGCUGCGACCUCUGCAGCACCUGCAGCUGAAGCAGCCAAGGAGGAAGCCAAGGUCGAAGAAGAGGAAGAAGAAGAGUCCGAUGAUGACAUGGGCUUUGGAUUGUUUGACUAGUCCACAAACGUUGCUGUGGUGGUUCCAGUCUAUGAUGCAGUGGAUAUGUCUUUCAACAGGCACACGCAUGGAAUAUGGGACCACCAAACAGCUAAUGCCAACAUGAGUCCCAUCAUACAGUCUAUUAAAGUGAAAUAGACACAAA